AUGGUAUUCUCUCGGGGCGAUGUAAGCGGCCGCGAUGAUCCGGCAACAGAACAUGACCAUGAGCCUGCCUCCGACAUAACCGUCGUGUCUUGGGACGGACCUCGCGACCCGGGCAAUCCAUACAACUGGUCGCACUCCCGGAAAUGGACAGUCACAAUCCUGGCAGUCUGGCUCACUUUCAUCACAAUGAUUGAUGGCACCAUCAUCACUGUCGCACACGACGCCAUUAACACCGAGUUCAACGUCUCCGAUGCCAACUUCCCCAAUUCCUACUGGACAGUCACCAGCUGGGCCAUGGGCGGCGGAUGCUUCUCGCUGCUUGUGUUGCCACUGAUGGAGGAUUUUGGCAUGCGCAAAGUAUUUCUACUGACUUAUGGCGUUUUCCUCUGCUUCGUGAUCCCGCAAGCCGUGGCGCAGAACUUUGCCACUUUGGUUGUGACGCGCUUUUUCGCUGGCGGCUGCGUCGCCAUCCUGGCGAAUACCUCUGCCACGGUCAUUGGGAAUGUAUGGGACAGCGAGAAGUCACGCAAUGUCCCCAUCAGUUUGUAUAUUGUCUUCUAUCUGGCUGGCAGCAGUAUCGGACCAGUUGUCGGGGCGUCCAUCUUCCAGUUUCUCUCGUGGAGAUGGAUCGGCUAUAUCCAGCUAAUCUGGUACGGCGCUUUCUUCCCGAUCUAUUUCUUCCUUUUCAAAGAAUGCCGCGGCAUCGCUAUUCUGGGGGAGCGCGCGAAAGCUUUACGGCGGGAGGGAAAGAAUACUUAUACCCAGCACGAGAUUGAUAGCCAAGGCAAGUCGAUUAUGCGGAUCGUAGGCCGCAGCGCAGCACGGCCACUCUUUCUGUUCUGCACCGAGUCUGUGGUCUUUGUGUCUACGUUAUGGUCCGCUUUCACCGUGGGCACGCUCUAUCUGUUCACACAGUCCGUGGAGCAAGUGUUUUCGGGGUUGUAUGGCUGGACCGCCGUGCAGGCGGGAUACGUCCAAUCGGCCAUCGUGAUCGGGGAAUGUAUAGGAUGGGCAGGGACCUUAUUUUCAGGCCGGUUGUAUUUCAACUCUGCUUCCCGCAAUACCGAAGUCCCCGGCACUCCUAUACCAGAGGCAAGGCUAUACCUUGCGAUUGUGGGGGGUAUGGUUGGGAUCUCCGGAGGCAUGUUCACCUACGCCUGGACAUCCUACCCCCAUCUCCCCUGGAUCGCACCAGCCAUCGGUCUUGCAAUGGUGGGAGCCGGCAGCGUGAUUGUUGUGACGGGCAUCUCGGACUAUUUGGUUGAUGCCUAUGCCAAGUACGCCGCCAGCGUGAUUGGAAUCGUCGCAACCGGUGAGAACACCUUCUCCGCUUUCCUGCCGCUCGCCGCAGCGAGCAUGUACUCGCAUCUUGGGUUCCAGUGGGCUAGCACUGUGCUGGCAUUCAUCUCGCUGGCCUUGUCCUUUGCGCCGAUUCUGGUGCUCAUCUGGGGAAGACAGAUCCGAGCGAGAAGUCCAUUUAUGAAGGAGGCUAUGGUGGAGAAGAGGCGGAAGAGCGUCGACUCUGUUUGA